CUCCCACUGGUGAGGUCUCCUCUUCCUCCGGCUCAUCUACCUGCCUGACCGAACUUGCCCCCCCCCCGUCUGUCUCAGCCUCAUCUAGCCCCUGCACCGACCCAGGCCUCGAGUCAACCAGACCUCCUCCCUCUUCUCCCGACUUCUUCUCCUUUCUCCUGAAUAAAAUAACUGCGCUAUGGCAGGGCGAGGCGGACCAGCACGGACCAACAGCACCGCAGCGAGCAACAAGAUCUGCCAGUUUAAGCUGGUGCUGCUGGGGGAGUCCGCGGUGGGGAAGUCCAGCUUGGUGCUGCGCUUUGUCAAGGGCCAGUUCCACGAGUACCAGCAGAGCACCAUCGGAGCUGCCUUCCUCACACAGACGGUAUGUUUGGAUGACACAACAGUGAAGUUUGAGAUCUGGGACACUGCCGGACACGAGCGAUAUCAAAGCUGGGUGCCCUUGUACUACAGGGGAGCCCAGGCCGCCAUCGUGGUCUACGACAUCACCAACACAGAUACAUUCACACGUGCAAAGAACCAGGUGAAGGAGCUCCAGCGACAAGCCAGCCCGAACAUUGUUAUCGCACUGGCAGGAAACAAAGCCGACCUGGCCAACAAGAGAGCCAUAGAUUUCCAGGAAGCACAAGCAUAUGCAGAUGACAACAGUUUGCUCUUCAUGGAAACUUCCGCCAAGACUGCUAUGAAUGUCAAUGAGAUUUUUAUGGCUAUAGCCAAGAAGCUCCCUAAGAACGAGCCUCAGGGUGCAGCGGGGGCCGGCGGGCGGGCCCAAGGCGGCGUGGACCUGCAGGAAGCUGCACCACAGGGCAGGAGUGGCCAGUGCUGUGGGGGCGGGAACUAACCAACACAACCAAUCAACAGCUUCGAUCAACCAGACCAGAGAUUAGCCAACUGUCAAACAAUGUCCCAAUGGUCGAACCACUCCACGGUAGGACCAACCACCCAAUGAGCAACACGGCACCAAUUAACUGUUUGGCAAACGAGUCCACUGGCCAGUAACCUGCCAGACCCCUCUGACGGUUGAACCAAGAAAACAACCCACAGGCCCAUUUGCAGAAUCAUGUUUUAACCCCAGGACUUGCCAAUCCAUGACCUCUCGAUUGAUGAUGGAUACUUGACGUCACCUAUAAGGGGAAAAAAACAAAACAUCCCAAUCAUGGAAGAAGGAAAAAAAAACGUCAUUGACACAAAUGACACAUCAUAGCGCCAUCUUGCUCACUUUUUGUUUCUGUAUUUGUGUAGAAGAUAAAAAAGAAAGCAACAGGAAUGAAUAUAAACCGGCUCAUUGGCCCUGUCCUUUCUCUUCUGCUUCCCCAUGCUCCAUAAAGUUCUUACGUGUUUCCAUCAUGGUCUUAUGACACUGCUCAGACCUCCAGGUGCAUGCAGCAGCCCUUCACUUUUCUGUCUUGUUCCUGGUCAUCUUCCUGGAAAAGACGAAGAGAGAAGGUGGAGAACAGGAAUGGACAGAUAAUUCCUUCUUGAUAAAGAUGUGUAGAUGUAAUUAUUACAUUGUUAUUGUUAUCACUAUUAUUAUGAUUACUUCCACUUCUUAUGACACAGGCUGUUCAGUUUGAUUUGAAAGCCUUUAUGGUUUUACAAUCAUCCGUCUUUGUUAUCAAACCAUAAACAGUAAAUAGUA